AAAAAAAAUAAUUAAAAAGUUGCAUUUCAACUGAACCGAAUACUUCGGGAAGCGAAAUGGAGGCUAAUUUCGUCGCCGGCGAUCGGCCGACGGUGUUAGUGACGAACGACGAUGGAAUCUAUGCGCCGGGAUUGAGAGCUCUAGUUAGUCUGCUUGUUUCCACCAAUCGCUUUCACGUCCUCGUUUGUGCUCCUGACUCUGAAAAGUCAGCUGUUAGUCAUAGCAUUACUUGGCGUAAUGCCCUUUCUGUUAAGCAAGUUGACAUCAGUGGAGCAACAGCAUUUGCAGUUUCAGGAACUCCGGCAGACUGUACUUCCCUGGGAAUCUCUAAAGCUCUUUUCCCUUCAGUACCUGAUCUGGUUAUCAGUGGUGUUAACAUGGGUGACAACUGCGGCUAUCACAUAGUAUACUCGGGUACAGUGGCUGGCGCUAGGGAGGCUUUCUUCAAUGGUAUUCCUGCUGUGUCUGUAUCAUAUAAUUGGAUUCGUGGAAAAAGCAAUGUUAAUGACUUCACACUGGCUGCUAAGGCUUGCUUACCCAUCAUCAGUGCUAUAUUGGCUGAAAUCAAGACAAAACACUAUCCCAAGAAUUGCUUUCUCAAUAUUGAUGUGCCAACAGAUGUUGUCAAUCACAAGGGAUACCGUCUAACCCGACAAGGAAAAAGUUUUGUGAAAAUGGGAUGGAGGCAAGUUACUUCUGAAAGAGAAGGAGGAAACGUUUUGUCCACAAUGACUAUGGAGACGAAUUCAUCAGAGAGUACACAUGCUAGAGCCUUAAAAAAUGCACCAUUGGAUCAUCUACUGUUUAAGAGACGAGUUACAAGAGUUCUAGUGGGGAAUGGUGAUACAGACUACUGUUCUCUCCAAGAAGGAUACAUUACUGUCACACCCCUUGGCGGCUUGUCUCCAGCAGAGCUAGAUGCUGUUUCAUUCUUUCGGAAUUGGCUGCCCAGUGUUGUUGAUCAUUAUCCUUCCUCUGCGUUGUAGUGCUGUAAGUUGGUCCUCCUAGUGAAAUCAAAUUCUGAUGUUACCCUAAGGCUAGUUGUUAUAUCAUCCGUUUUUAUCUUAACAAUAAUAUUCAAUUGGCUACUGAAGCUGGUGUUUCUAUGAGUUUGAUUUUGCCGUAAAGUUUGACUAAGUGGGACAAAGUUAUGAUCGUUGUGAUUCAUUUGCAGGGAACUGAAUAUCUGAAAGCAGGAGGAAAGAAGUAAUUAACAUCAAGUUAUUGAUCAAUUUCCCAGAUGAAAAGUUUUAGAGAUGAAACGUUUCCUCAACAAUUACAAAAAGUUUGUAUCGAUGAAAUAAAGGACUCAAGAGACCUUAAUGAUUUUGCAUGGAAUGGAAUUGUGCAUUUGCAUGUCAUUUCAAUGUGAGCAUCCUCUCCCUGGUUAGAAUCAGAUGUAUCUUUAUUUCAUUUUCUGCAAGAUAUCCUCUAUGAUGUUUCAUAGACAUUUACUAAGAUCAUUAAGUAAGUAAUGUAGCCCUGUUUUUAAGUUUCAUACGUAAGGCAGAAGUAAAUAUAAGUUGCCUGUUUUUAAGGAGGUCAAAUCUGGAAUCAAAUAAUAAAUGGUGUGGCUUACCAUGUGUUUAUUGUUUAAUGAUAAACCUGUUUGGUGGUUA